AUGGAAGUCCCAUUCACUCGUCUGGUUCGAUUCAAGACCCCCGGUGGCGAUGUCGUCUAUGGUGAAGCGGGGGAUGAGUGGAAAGGUGAUCUCGUCGGGAAGACUUUGAGUACCUUUUCGGGAAACGAUCCGUUUACUCUUCGAUCGUCUAGUGACAAGGCUGUCGUUUCCGAGUUUAAGAUACCGACUUUCCCAGUCGUAUUCACAAAGUACCCAGAUGUACUCGCCGGACCAUACGAAUCCAUCCCCAUCAACCCCGAGGCCCACGAACUGGAUUACGAAGGUGAAUUGUCCAUCGUCAUCGGCAAGGACGCCAAGAACCUCAAGGAAUCCGACGACCCUUUGGACUACAUCCUCGGCUUCACCGUCGGCAACGACGUGUCGAGUCGGUACUGGCAGAACGCGGCGAGGUCGGGCUCACAACACGGCCCGGCAAAGUCCUUUGACAAGUUCGGACCCAUAGGUCCGGUGGUGGCUUCCGGCAAGGCCGUGGGCGACGCGGAGAGACUCCACCUCAAGACCUGGGUCAACGGCGAGAUCAGACAGGACGGGGCCACCGACGACUUGAUCUUUGGAGUCAAGGAGAUUGUGAGGUUCUUGAGUCACGGCAAGACUCUGAGAACGGGGACGGUGAUUAUGACAGGGACACCUAGCGGAGUUGCUGCUUUCAUGAAACCACCUCAGUUUCUCAAGGAUGGAGAUUUGGUCGAGAUUGAGAUUGAAAAGAUUGGAAAGAUUGCGAAUAAGAUGGUGUUUGAGUGA